GUUGUGUAGACCUGGACUUGACCGAGCUAUCAGAGCUAACGCCGGUCACACGCACCUCGCAAGUACAUCAGAAGCGUACUCUGCCCACUCCGUCAUUCGUUUUACCCAACAUCACGACAAUGAUCUGCGAGCGACCACGAUAGUAUCCGCUACCAUGCCAUCCACCUCUCCUGGCACCGCGCCUACUGCUUUCGCGGAGAUUCUGCCCGGCACGCCCACAGAAUCGCUGCAGGCCACGACGAUAUUUGUGUAUCGCUUCAAGCGCUACAUUGCUUAUAUCUCCGGCCAGCAACUCAACAUCUUGUCCGGACCCAGCACGCUCGUUCAGGCACUCACAUUCCCUCAUGAGCUAGUUGCAGUCGCAGCAGACGCGAAAUCUGGCAAGCUGCUCGUGGCUGGAAAGAAGCAGGCAUGGAUACUGGAGCCCGUGGCUGAGGGCUGGACAAGGCUAUGGUGGGAAAAGGCAUUGCUGCUGCGCCAUAAGAGUGGAGAGGAGGAAACAUGGUCGAUAUGCUGGAGCAAUGAGGGCGAAGCGUUGCUUGCGGGGAACACGUCUAUCACUCUGUUCUCCACCUUGCCUACGUCGCGAACCAGCUCGCCAAGGACUUCCGCAGUAGACGACGUAACAGUGGAAGAGCGUAGACCAUUGUGGUCGAAGCCUGUUGCGAGGCCUGUGCAGCAGGCAGCGUGCAGCCCGAGCUCCACUUUGAUUGCAACUCGAGCCCGUUAUGAUCGCCUUGUCAAAAUAUGGAGACGUCUGUCGUUCGAGGAAGGCUUGUUCGACCACACCUACCUGCCACAUCCCGCUGUGGUGACCCAUUUGGAGUGGCGCCCACUUGACGAGCACUCUGACAUUCGGAGAGGCAGUGCAAUCAGUAGGCGGCACGAUGAGGAGCACGAAGUCCUGUUCACUGUAGCCGCUGAUGGCGUGCUACGGAUAUGGCGCACCGGUGGUACACAUGAACUGGAUGUGCUAGUCCUGCAUACGUCUAUCGACUUGGUGGCAGCCAUACCGGACUCGCCAAGUAUCAGCGCUAGCGGCAAGCAAUUCGUCACCAAACCUCCACGAUGUGUUGUGAUUUUGCCUUCAGAUCAGUUCUCGGCUGCCCUCAAUGCCGCCAUUGGUCUGUCGCUGGAUAACAAGAUCAGCCAUGCCAAAGAGCUUAUGAAAGAGCUUGUUUCGAAAGAACUAGAUGUGAUCAUUGUUCUCGAUGGUCAAGGACGAAUGUCCGCCUGGGGCCUUCACAGCGUUGGACACAAACGACGACCGGGAACUCCCACUGCUGUACAGCCAUUCCACAUUGCUCACACCGAGGGCUUACCUCUGAGGCUACCACCGGAUACUCCUGCUUUGCCGUUCGCAUGGUUUCAAGAUGACAACAUACACAUGCUCAUGCAGAGCAUCGGUGGUGCUGGUCAGAUCUCGUGGUGGCAAGGCCUGGUCGAGAGCUUCUUCUCAACCUCGGCGUCAGGUGCUGAACGAUUGGAGUUAGCAAGUACUUGGCGUGGCACCGACAUCGCCGACUGGAAAGGUGUUGAUGUAAAUGGAGAGAACGCAGGGUCACAGAAGGGCAAUGAAGGGGCGACCGAGCAACACUCAAUCAAACUGUCUGAAGACGGCAGGGUCACCAUCCUUGGGCAGCAGGAUGCUGAUGCGGAACGUGUUGUUGAAACAAGUAUCACAAAUGGCGUUUUGCUGGCGGCCAACACCGAAGUUGCAGUACUUCUCGGCUCUAAUGACAACAAGCUUCUGCUCGUAGACAUUCUCGACGGGUAUGUUGAGCAUUGCCAGGUCCUCGAUCUGCCCGCGCGUAGCGCCCAAUGCGUCGUACUGGGGCCAAGACAGAGCAUGGUAGCGAUUGCAUAUGAUAACAGCGUCGAUGUCUUCGCCCAAGGAAAAUACAGAGAAGGAGACGAUACCAAGCAGUCAUGGCACCACAUUCGACGCAUGUCAGUGGCUCAUACUGGUCUUGAUAUCACUGGACUGGCAUGGCGGUCAGACGGUACUCUGGCUGUCACAGCAGGCACUGCCUUGUUCGCAGCUGAUGUCAAUACUCCUCUCAAUGAGCUGCAGGAAGAGACGCGUCAGCUGCUAGACGCCAACGAAGAGGACAAAACAAUGCAACUGCCGUCCUUGGCGUCGCAGCUGAGCAGGCCUCUUCCUGUCUGGCAUCCGACCACCAUCGAACGGCUUGUAUUACACGGCCAUGCUCGAUCGGCGGUAUCAUUGGUCAAGAGACUGGCUUCCAAACUGAAGUUCUGGGGACCAGGAGACGACUUGGAUUUGGUGCUUGAAGAAGAUAUCGACACGCUCCUCACGCAAGAUGACACGCACAAAAGCUGGAUUGAUAAUGAAGUCGCAGAUGAUCUUAAGGAACAGCUCGAGGAAAAGCACUUACCAGCAAUCACGCGAAGCGACCAGAGACGUCUCGAACAUGUUAUUCAUACUCUACUCUACCUGCGCGAUCACGUCAAAGGACUGGACCAAAACGCUUUGUGGUACCUCUUCUCAUGGAAAUUGCAACUCCUGCUUCACGAAGACAGCUUCGGUCAAGCCAAUGGCAUUGUGAAGGAAAAUCCAGGCUCUGACAACAGUGAUGCAUUUGUGCCUGAGAUGUCCUGGCGCGAGAUCACCUUUGCAUACCACAGCACUUCGCAGCAGCCUCUGCUUGACAUUCUGAUCUUGCACCACGACAACAAAAUUACAUGGGAUAUCGCUCGCCGUCUAGGUAUCAUGUCGUGGUUGACCGACCGCGAAGCAUUGCUCCAAGUCUUCGAACAGAUGGCUCAGACAGCAUACCGUUCAUCAUCACCUCCAGACCCUGUCAAUGCAGCAGUGUACUACCUAGCUUUGCACAAGAAGCAGACACUUUUGGCUCUGUGGAGGAUAGCGACAUGGCAUCGUGAGCAAAGAUCGACAACGAACUUCCUCAAAAAGGACUUCACUCAGCCUGAUGCUAGAACUGCCGCGAAGAAGAAUGCGUAUGCGUUGAUGGGCAAGAGACGCUUUCACUAUGCCGCAGCCUUCUUCCUGCUUGCAGAUGAUGCCGCUGAUGCUUGCAAUGUUCUGGCAGGUCAAUGUGACGAUGUACAGUUUGCAGUCUCGGUUGCAAGGCUAUACAGCGGUGACGGCUCUGAUGUACUCCACAAGCUGCUAGUGGAUCGCGUCAUUCCAGAUGCGAAACAAGCUGGCAAUCGCUGGCUGGUCAGUUGGUGCCAUAGUGUACUUCUUGAGAAGAGAAGAGCUGCCGAGAGCCUUGUUGAGCCUUUGGACGGCAUGGUGAAGACUUGGGAGCAAGACGACCCAGCAUUGAUCUUGCUAUACAAACAGCUUCGCAAAACGCCCAGUGAGCAUGAGCCUAGUGCUGUUGCGCGAUCUGCGAGGAUUCUAGGACGCAUGGGUCUGUCACUUCUCGGAAUAGAUCUCACCAAGAAUUGGAUAUUCGCACAGCCUGAUCCAAUCUCAAGUGGCGAGACGAAUGGUAUCACAAAUGGCUUCCACGCAUCACUGCCCGAUCGCACCAUUCCAGAACCCGAGUCUCCCCGCGCCGAACUCAUCGAGCCGCCUUCGCUGCUCGACAGCUUCACCAGACCAGAGCCGACAAGAUCUACAUCAAAGGACGAUCAAGCUGCACGAGAAGCCAAAGCUGCCGAGUUAUUGGCGAAGCUCAAGGCGCGGAAGAAUGCGUCCGCGCCGGAGCCCGAACAGAAGGCAGACGAGGAGAAGACGAAGAAGAGAGAACCUACGCAGUUCAAAGAACCUGAUGCUAACAGUCUGUUGGAUUCGUUCGGGUUUUGAUGUUUUGAUAGUGAGUGUAAAUAUGAUGGGAGGGUAUGUGGUUGAUGGGUCGUAGCGCGGCGUUCUGGGAGACCUGUUUCGAGUAAUAUACGGUGUCUGCAAUGAAUUAUUUCUUUGACUUCUCGCCCUGACUCUUUUCUCAGUCCAUCCUCACCUGGUGCCGAUGGGUGUGGGAUGCGAAGUUGGUCGAACAUGAAGUGAGCGAACAGCAGCUCGACCAGAGACAGUCACAUCUGAGACACUGGCAGCAGAAAAGACAAUUUU